UGACGGUUUUGCUGCUUGGGCGGAAUCAGUCGUGUCCAAUCGAGGGCCGAGCGUUAAAAAUCGAGUUCCAAAACUUUUGAAGAAGCUCCUUUAUUGUUUAAGACAACUGAGCAAAGAUUCCUUUUAAAUACAUCAAAAAAAGUUUCAUUCGGGUUCUCAUUAGAUUGUAACAGUAUGUAACGCUUCUUCAAACGACUCAGAGAAGUUUUUUCCUCCCCGGAGAGAAGAUUUUCCAAAGACAUGAGCAUCAGAUCAUAGCAGCUCAGGGACUGAGAGCAUGGCAGCGCAGUUCACCAUUGAUGAUGCCUUCGUGUUGGAUGGAGAUGAGGAGGCUGUGACUGAUGGAGACCCGGAGGGCUGGAAAAACAGAGACGGAGAGAUGACGUUUGGGCCCCUGUCUUUCUCCAAACCGCAGACCCACCCUUCAGCUGCAGGCACAAGCUCACCUGAUCACAGCAACCUAAAGUAUCAGAAUCUGGAAAAUGAAGACGCACUGGGCAACAAUGGCAAUUCUUCCUUCAAUAACUUCUUCAAAAUCAGUGAUCCGGCGACUCUGUCGUACUGCAGCUCUCAGUGGUCCUUCAGCACCCUGAGCUCGGUCACGCAGCUCUCGGCACGCUGCUGCGGGUGGGUCUCCCAUCCGCUGGUGAAGAAAAACAGAAGAGUUGUCCUUGCUUCAUUCCUCCUCCUCAUUACUGGAGUUGCUCUCAUUUUCACCGGGAUUGUUAUACAGCUAAAUCCAAAUGCAGGUGUUUCAAGUGCUAUUUUCUUUGUACCUGGAUUUCUUCUUUUUAUCCCUGGAGCGUAUCACGUGAUCUACAUCACCUGUGCUGUCCAGGGUCGAAGAGGCUUCAAAUUUUUCUACUUGCCUUACUUUGAAAAAUGAGAUUUCACUACGCAUUACAUUUCACUCCAUUCCUGGUGUUCUAUUUCAAUGGACUGUUGUUUUCUUUGUAACUUCUGUAGCAUAAUAUACUGUCACAUUGUUGUUGUUUUUAUCAUUGUAAUGACCGCUGCUACUUGAACCACUCUGUGCCUUGACUACAUUUCCCCUACAUGAACUAGCGUUUCUCUGUGUACACACUAAAAGGAGAUUGGUCUUGCCUGUGGUUUUUAGUGUUGUGUGAAUAAUGUCUGUGAAUAAAAAAUAAAAAAGUGUAUAUAUUUUAAUUUGUUGCAGAGGAAUUUGGUUUUCAAUGAGAAUCAUAAUGAGCAUUCUUUAAUCUUUUUUUUUUAUGUUUGGAUGACAAAUGAACUAUUUCUAUUGAUAUGAAAUUCACACCAGCUGCUGAUAACUGCCUUUAUAAUGCUAAACAAAUUAGUCCAUUACUUUAUUUGUAAUAAAGUGGAAUGGCACAGCGAUUGGGUAUUUUAAAACAUAAAGAAAAUAUUGGUUUCUUUGCUUAUUUUGCCUUUUUAUUAAAUAGGCAAAGAAAACAGCUUUCUGAUGGCUACGGAAGAUGUUUUGGAGCCAAGUUACUAUGGAUCUUUUAACAAAAUAUUAGUGGGUAUGUGUGAAAUUCACUUAGAAGAUUAUUUCAUUGUGGAAUAAAAUAACAUUUCUAAUUUAAGAUUGAAAUCUCAUAACUGAUAAUAAA